GCCAGUAACAGCUGUCAACCAGAGGAACAGUAAGUAAGGCUGUUACUAAAUGUGUCUUUGAAUAGUUUACCUUUAGUCAAAGGGGCUGAAGGGACCCGCACGUAUGCCGCACACUUUAAGGAUUUUCCUCACUUCAUGGCCAAAGACAAUCCAGCGGUUUUCCUGAUUUUUCGAAGCGCCGUUGGAGACUCAGUUUGGGGCUGAAGUGCCUCAAACCUCAGUGCCUCCGUGGACCUGGAAGAGCAGCGCCGCCUUGUGACAAGCUUCCAGCAUGACAGGGGUUUGUGGUUGUUGCGGGGCGCUCAGGCCUCGCUACAAGAGACUGGUCGACAACAUCUUCCCAGAAGACCCAGAGGAUGGUCUGGUGAAGGCCAACAUGGAGAAGCUGACGUUCUACGCCCUGUCAGCUCCAGAGAAGCUGGACCGUAUCGGAGCCUACCUGUCUGAGAGAUUGUCGAGGGACGUGGCCCGACACAGAUACGGGUAUGUGUGUAUAGCCAUGGAGGCGCUGGACCAGCUGCUGAUGGCGUGCCACUGUCAGAGCAUCAACCUGUUUGUGGAGAGUUUCCUUAAGAUGGUGCGGAAGCUGCUGGAGUCCGACAAGCCCAGCCUGCAGAUCCUAGGAACCAACUCUUUUGUGAAGUUUGCAAACAUAGAAGAGGACACGCCAUCGUACCACCGCAGUUAUGACUUCUUCGUGUCGCGCUUCAGUGAGAUGUGCCACUCGAGCUUUGAGGACCCUGACAUCCGCACCAAGAUCCGCAUGGCAGGGAUCAAGGGCCUGCAGGGUGUGGUGAGGAAGACUGUGAACGAUGAGCUGCAGGCCAACAUCUGGGACCCUCAGCACAUGGACAAGAUCGUCCCCUCUUUGCUCUUCAACCUGCAGAGUGGAGAGCGCACGGAGAGCCGCUCCCCCUCUCCGCUGCAGGCGUCGGAGAAGGAGAAGGAGAGCCCGGUGGAGCUGACGGAGCGCUGCUUCAGGGAGCUGCUGGGACGAGCCGCCUAUGGCAACAUCAAGAACGCCGUCACGCCCGUGCUGAUGCACUUGGAUAACCACUCUCUAUGGGAGGGGAAGACCUUUGCAGUUCGUUGCUUCAAAAUCAUAAUGUACUCCAUCCAGUCUCAGCACUCUCACUUGGUCAUCCAGCAGCUUCUCGGUCACCUUGACGCUAACAGCAAGACCUCAGCCACAGUGCGAGCCGGGAUAGUGGAAGUGUUGCUGGAGGCAGCCGCCAUUGCAGCCAGCGGCUCCGUAGGUCCCACAGUGCUGGAGGUGUUCAACACCCUGCUGCGGCAGCUCCGUCUGAGUGUGGACUACGAGCUGACCGGCUCCUAUGACGGCAGCACCAACAUCGGCACCAAGAUUAUCAAAGCUCAUGAGGAGAGGCAGCUGCAGGAGGCUGUCAUCAGGACCAUCGGUUCUUUUGCCAACACACUACCGACAUACCAGAGGUCAGAGGUCAUGCUCUUCAUCAUGGGCAAGAUUCCCGUCCCUGGGAUUCACCCAGCUCUCACUUCCAUAGGCUCUGGGCCCGAGGUGACGAGGAUGAUCCAGGUUAUGUUACUGAAGUCCUUGGUCCAGGUGACGGCUGGUUUCCAGACCACCAACAUGCUGACGGCGCUGCCCAGCUCCUUCCUGGAGCCGCUGCUGUCCUUCUCCCUCACCGAGGACCCAGAGCUCCGGCUGCUGAUUCUGCAGAUCCUCCUCAGUCUCAUCGACAGGCACGACAACACAGCAAAGUUCUCCGACAUUAGCAUCAUCUCAGACAUCUCUGUGCUCAAGCUCAAAGUCGACAAGUGCUCCAGGCAGGACAACUUAUUCAUGAAAAAGCACGGCCAGCAGCUGUACCGUCACAUCUACCUGGGCUGUAAGGAGCCGAGCAGUGGCGGGCAGCACUACGAGUCUCUCUUCGCUCUGCUGGGUCUCCUCAGCGUGGAGCUGGCUAACGAGGAGGUGGUGGUGGACCUGAUUCGCCUGGCGCUCGCCCUGCAGGACCUGGCUCUGUCCACUGACGAGGCGCUUCCUGUUUAUAACCGCUGUGCUGUUCACGCCAUCGCCGCCGCCUACCUCAACCUCAUCUGCCAACUCACCACCGUCCCAGCCUUCUGCCAGCACAUACACGAGGUGAUUGAGGUGAGGCAGAAAGAACGGAGCUACCUUUUGCCUGAGGAUGUCUUCAUUGAUAAUCCCAAGCUGCCUUCUUCACUGGAGAAGGUGGAAGGGGACGUUCUGUUCCUCCAGUCCAAGAUCACUGAGGUCCUCGGAGGCAGUGGGUAUAACACAGACAGACUGGCUACCCCGUAUGUCCCCCAGUACACUGAUGAGGACCGUCUGUCCAAGAGGAAGAGCAUCGGAGAGACCAUCUCACUGCAGGUGGAGGUGGAGUCCAGAAACAGUCCAGAGAAAGAAGAGAGGACGCCAGCAGAGGAGAUCACAUUUGAAACCUUAAAGAAUGCCAUCGUGGACAGCGUCGGUAUGGAGGAGCAGGAGAGGGAGCGGAGGAGACAAGUGGUGGAGAAGUUUCAGAAGGCCCCCUUCGAGGAGAUAGCUGCACACUGUGGUGCCAGGGCCACUCUACUCCAGAGCAAACUCAAUCAGAUCUUUGAGAUUACAAUCAGACCCCCCCCCAGCCCAUCUGGAACCAUUUCAUCAGGUUACGGCCAAAGCCAGAGUCGAUCCGUCCCCCUCUACGAGAUGAAGUUUCCUGACCUCUGUGUUUACUAGCGCAGAAAGGGAAGUUACAGAACUAUUUCACAUUUGAGGACAGGCGAGGAAUUCUUUUUGGGGGCGGAUACCGAUCUUUACAUGGAAUCACAUGAUCACAGGGGAUGAGGAGAAAAAACCACAGUCUACUCAAGAACAAGCUACUUGUUGAUCAACAUAGUCAUCUGAAAUUCCGUGUGAUUGCAGCCCAAAACAAGCCGGCUAUUUAUGUCGAUUCAUGCAGCAGUAAAACCAACUUUUAUGUGUCUGUUAUUCCCCUCGCGUCUCCUUCGAUGUCUGUAGAAUCUCCUGUGGUUGGAUUUUAACAUUUGAAAUUGCCAAGUUCUGCGAGGGGACGAUAGGUGGCACACUGAGAGUUGUUUCAUUUGAAUGAACUGACUUGUUGCAUGCCAUGUUACUGGACAUUUUUGAUAGCACUACAACUUGGACAUUCUUUCCACCUGUUUGUCCCUUACAGGGUGCCAUACUACUGUUGAUCACGAAAAUUAGAUUGACCGUUUUUUUUAAUAUUUUAUUUGUUUUGUUGUUGGUUGAUUUUUAUCGCCGGAGAGAGCAUAUGUGUAAAAGAUGUAUUUUGAUUUAUGUUUGAAUGAAAUAUGGACAGAUGUAUCCAACUAUGACGCUAAUCCUUACCAUAUCCCAUGUUACUCAGCUCUCUUUUGAAUGUUUUACCAUUUUUUUUAUUUUGCCUUUUUAGUGUUAGCCAAAAGUGCUUUUUCUUUCAGGACAGGCGUCUAUUUCCUGCACCUCCGUAUUUUUUCUUUCAUAUCGUUAUUUUAUUGUUUUUAUCCGUGAUGUAAAUGAUUUAUCUUUGUGCUAUCCUCCCAAAGUGAGUGUGCCUUGCAGGUGACUCGAGUUCAAACGUACACAGAAACACACACUGCUUCACAGUCAUGACCACACUUAUCUUCUGAAGUGUUUACUGUGAUGUUUACCAGAUCAAACACUAGAGGGUAAAUAAGGAUCCUUUAUUUUCUCCUUUCCAUAUAAAUGUGUAUAUACAGAGAAAUAUAUAAAUCUAUAAGCGGAUGUACAGAGUAGGGAUUCUUUGGUGUGUGUACUGUAUAUAAACUGUAUAUUAAUUCUAAUUUUAGACUGCCACUGCACUGAUUGUGUCCAUAGAUGAGGGAGAAAGCUACUUAGAUAGUACUCAGAUUUGUUUGUAAACUCUUCAAUAUGUUACAUACGGGAGCACUGAGAGGCAAGGGGGAUAAUCCAAAUUCUGGUGAUACAUGUUUCCAAUUCUGAACAUACGUUUGUGUUAAUGAACAGUUCAAAUAAGGUGAACCAGGAUAAUCUUUCAUUUUUUUUAAACAACACACAAUAUAUGUACUUUGUAUUUUCAAAGACAUUAAAACUCACAUGGAAGAAAGCAUGAAUUAUUUUAGGCUUAUUCAAAAACAUGGAGCACUUCUUCUACCUGUAGGCUAAAUGAGUAUUAAAACAAACACAAACUAAUUGUACGUGCCAUAUAUGGCAAAUAUAACCCUGGCAAAACCUGGAUGUUCACCUGUUCUCUCUUCACAAACUCAGGAGGGAAAUCUUUUACAUCAGAAUUUGAAAAUACGUAAUUUAAUACGAUUGUUUUUGUUUUUUUACUUGCCUCUCGGGACCUCCGUAGAAACCAGCAACACAUGAAAUCAAAAAGGUUCAUUGACAAGGGUUUGAACAGCCCACAAGAAAACAUCUCCAUCGUCUUGAGGCCAGUUUAUCACACUAGUGACGUCUGAAACGUGUCCUGCUAAAGAAUUAAUGAAAUAAUCGACUUCAUUAUUCGCCACAUAUUACCAGACAGGUUUUUAGCACCAUUGUGACCUGUAGAGCUGCCAUCACAUUCUCAGUCCUGCUGGAAUAAGUUUGCACUCUGUUCUUAUGCCACACCGCUGCUAACGCUGCCGCGGCUUCCAAGCAGUGCACCUGUCUCAUUCAGCAAGAUUAAAGUCUAAAAGCCAUUUUUUAUGCAUGUGUGCACAUACACACAGGUAUCGAAGCAAAGUAUAAGGGCAAUAACUUGCCACUAGCCUGGCUAACACAGCCCAACUGUUGGUAGCAGAUCCGUUUGUGUUUUAAAUGGUUACCUUCUGUUGUUGUUGUGGUGCUGUGAUGGUCAGUAUUGUGAUGUUGUGAGAGACCGACCCCCCCCCCCCCCCCCCCCCCCCCCCCCCCCUCUUCUGCUUCUGCGCUUCUGUGAACUAUCUGCAUGGCGCGUGAGUCGCGCUGCAGCCAUGUUUAAUGUAACGGUGUCCGUUCUGUGUCACGCUCCAAUUCUUUUACUAUGUAGUGUCAUCUGUAUGUAUAUUCAUGUCCACUGUAUCAGAUCUGUUCAUGUUUACCAUUUUAGUGCAGAAGUGUGUGUGUGUGUGUGUGUGUGUGUAUUUAAUCAUGCGUCUGUAUGAACACUCACGCAGAUGUGUGUGUGUGUGUGUGUGUGUGUAUAUCGUCAUUACCCAAGACCAAAAUCAGUUUACAGUUUUUUUUCCAGUGACUUUUUCCACAAUGUUAACAAAGAACAAUUCAUCUUACAGCGACGUGCAGCUGUUAAAAACCUUCCAGCGACACCUUGUGAAGUCUUUUCAGCAUCUUGGCAGUGAAGAUCUGUAAAUCUACCAGAGUGCUUGUUGUCAUUGCAUAGUGUAUGGUAAUAUUGACUAACGGUAAACCAAAUCUUACUUUUGUCAUUAAAUGUCUCGUUAAUAGAUCUGUUUACAACGUAGUGCUGUAGGUCAAAAAUCUAUUCAUUCUGUGAACUUUGCACUUUAAAAACUGGAUUCCCUAGUGACAAAGGCAGCUUUUACAAGGAGAAAAUGCCUUAUGAGUGUCAGAACCUGACUUUGCAUGCUUGUGAUGUUGCCGUUGUGUACAAUAAAUGUGUCUGUAUCCAGAAAUAGUCUGAUCUGUUUCUGUUUUUACUUGUUAUUGACAAUUGGGCAAGCGUCAUGGAGUGGAAUUUUGUUUUCAAAUGUGAUCUGAAUCUGCGUAACAUCAUCAUGCAUCAUCAUACAGUACAAUAAAAAUAAACAAACACAUGCUGGAGUGCUGAGUCAGUUGCAGAGGUCAACACAUAUUAAGCAAUCAUUAAUGUUAGGUUUCCUUAACAAUGCUUGUCGUGUUAUUAUUUGACUUGCCUGUAAUGACUGAGUUAUGUCACUGUGACAAUACUUGCAUCAGUACUGUCACCUGAAGGAGUGGUUUUUCAGAAUUAAAUGUAUCAUGUGUUUUA